AUGUCCCUAUCACCGACGUUUACACGCUCUCCUCCAGAGAUAAACAUUGCCAAAAUAUCUUUCCCGGCUCCUCGGGUACUUCUCGUAACAAUUUCACGUCCCAAGGCCCUCAACGCCAUUGCCAUUUCAGGUAGCUGGGAACUCGCCUCGCUCUUCGAAUGGUUCGACGAGGAGCCCUCGCUAUGGGUCAGUAUCGUAACGGGAGAAGGCCGUACUUUCUCAGCUGGUGCUGAUCUGAAGGCGUGGAAUGACGAGAUCGGGUCCGGCAGCUUUGGAGAAAUGCCGUCCUCGGGGUUCGCUGGUCUCUCACGUCGAACUGGAAAAAAGCCCGUCAUAGCUGCAGUCAACGGGAUAGCAUACGGAGGAGGCUUCGAGGCGGUGGUCAACUGCGACCUCGUUAUUGCUAGUGCUACGGCAAAGUUCUGCUUCCCGGAGGUGAAGCGCGGUGUGGCCCCCUUUGCGGGAGCAAUGCCUCGUCUGGUCCGCACAAUAGGAAAGCAGCGCGCGAUGGAACUGAUGUUGACGGGCCGCGUCCUUCCGGCCCGGGAGGCCAAGGAAUGGGCACUUGUUAAUGUGAUUUGCCCCGAAGGACGAGAUGUGGUGGAUGAAGCCUUAAAGUGGGCGAAAGUUAUUGCCGAGAACAGUCCCGAUUCUGUUAUUGUCACCAAGCAAGGCAUCAAUUGGGGCUGGGAAGGUGUCGGCGCUGAUGACGGGACUCGCAUCAGUAAUAGCCUGUGGCAUCAUAAGCUAUUGGCUGGAGAUAACAUCAAGGAGGGUUUGAAGGCGUUUGUGGAGAAAAGAAGCCCGAGGUGGACUGAUAGCAAGCUGUAA